UUCCGCAAACGCCCUAGCCCAGGCCCCCAUGCCCCAACACUGCAUUUUUAGGUUUUACCGUAAUUUUUCCAAAUCAAAGGACGAACUAAAUUAGCAAUUGCCGGGAAAAUGGAGGAAAAGAACAUGGAGAAAACAGAUCCUUCUCCUUGGAAUUCAAGAACGAAGACAUCAUCUAUGCGGUGGGGAAUUCUUCGACAAGCGUUUCUUCGUUGUCGUGCCGAUCAUCCUGACUACCAAUCUCAAAGUGGCAUAGAACAUAUUUCCAGGAAGACAUCUCACGGCUUUAACUUGAUAUCAUGUCAGCUUAUCAACGAUGGUCUUGUUCCAGAUGCGUCUGGUUCGUCCUUGAAAAUGAACAAUCUGGAUGGCCUGAGAGACACUUGCAUGCGCUAUACGCUACCCUUGGAAGGAGCUCCCUCACUUGUUCUAAUUCAAAGAGUAGAAAACUAUGUUGACUUCAAUGAGUUUGAGACCUGCAACAAAUUUGAGGUUGACAAUACAGGCCUUGUAUGUCGUUGGCCAUCAGAAGAUGUCCUUGCUUAUUUUUGUUUGUCAUAUGCAGAAAAGUUCAGGUCCAAAAGAAUCCUGGAGCUUGGGUCCGGCUAUGGAUUAGCUGGAUUAGUUAUUGCAGCAGGCACAGAUGCAUUAGAAGUAGUAAUAUCUGAUGGGAACCCUCUAGUUGUUGAUUAUAUUCAGCGUAAUAUAAAUGCCAACUGUGGAGCCUUGGGUGAUACAAAUGUGAAGUCUAUGACAUUGCACUGGAAUCAAGAUCAAGUCUCAUGUAACUUGGACCCCUUUGAUAUUAUUGUUGCAAGUGAUUGCACGUUCUUCAAGGAAUUCCAUGAAGGUCUUGCUCAAACUGUCAAAUCAUUGCUAAAGCAGUCGGGAACCUCCGAAGCCAUAUUUUUCAGCCCCAAAAGGGGGGACUCCUUGGAUAAGUUUCUACAGGAAGUCGAAGAGAUUGGCUUGCAUUACAGCGUGACAGAGAACUAUAAUGGAGAAGUUUGGAAGCGACAUCUGAGAUUCCUUAGUGGUGAUUACUCCUGGCCCAACUAUGAAAAAGAUCACUGCUACCCGCUGUUGGUCAGAAUCACAUUUUGAAGUUCUGGAAGACACGUCUGCUUUUCCUUGAUCUGAGAACGGCCCCUAAUGAUUUGAGCUUAGCAUUACAGAUGUUCUUCUGUGUUCAGUGGUAUUGAUGGUUGUGGUAAGCCGCAGGCACGGACAUUUUAUUCCCGUGUUUUGAGCAUGGGGAGCUAUAGAGCAAGGAUACUUUACCUGACAAUAUACUACAGUUCAACGAUCUCAUUUCAUUCCAUCUAUGAUUUUCUUUUGCCUCUAGCUGGAGGUGAGUGCAUUGAAACUUCUGAAACAGCAGAAGAUUCUUUAUUUUCAUAAACAUUGCCAUUCAUUAGUAAACAAAGGCCCUCCUCGGUCAGGAGGAUGAUGCAGGCAAACAUCUAAAGAAACAAUUCUAUUGCUUAGAUUGAGUAAAAUAUAAUUUAGUAGAGUUGGGAAGUGGUUUUCUUAUAAACUUUUUAUGUUUUUUCUAAGGGCAUUCUGCAAUAUGCCAUGAUAAAAUAAUCAUCUGCCUUUGUAAUACCUUUUCUUGCAUUUGGUAAUUACUGAUGGAGAAGUGGGGCUUGUGCUGCAAUUGCAAUUAA